UCUGUGCUAUGCUCGUCUCUGUGUAUUUAUUCCAUCGACUGAAGCAUACGUAACGUCCACUUGAGCACGGAAAUCAUAGGAAUCGAUGGGCCCACACUGCACAAAUGCGCCGCGCCCACAUCCAUCCAUCCAUCGGUCAGUUAGUCAGUCAGUCAAUGCAUUGAGUAUCCAGGCAAACGGCCGGCAAACAGACCCCACUCCGUCCCGUCCAGCGUGCAGCGCAGCGCUGUGCUAUUCACACCCCACCCUCCACUGUGCUAACUCACCCAUAUACAUAUCCCAAAUAUACACGCCAAUGCCAACAGACCGAUCCUAUGGAUGAUUCAUUGGUGGCAUUGGUCAGGGACGUCCGCCACCGACAGACCGGCCAGCCAGGGAUGACGCAGCGCGGCCUUCGCUGCACACGCACACACACACACAGGCAGGCAGGCAGGCAGCCAGAAACAGGCAAGCGACAUAUGACGACACUUGGUUCACACACCCCCGCCGACCUGUGAUGCGCUUGCUGGGGUCCAAUAUGAGCAUCUGCUCGAUCAGCUGAUACGCCUGGCGCAUGUCCCCGUCAGCCCCAUCGGGCAACUUCACCUCCUGAAGACACAGCAGGCACCCAAGGGCAAUCGUCUCGUCGUUGUCUGUCUGGUCUGUCUGGUCUGUCUGGUGUGUGUGUGUGUGUGUGCGUGAGGUGUUUCUUUCUACCAGCUGUCCGUUCAAGCAAGCGUUCAAGUAUGCCUUCUCGACUUCGUCAGCGGUCAACCUCUUCUUGUCGAUGUCCUUGAAGGGGCUCUUCCCGCUGAAACACACCAAGUACCUACACCCACCAGGCAGCCAGAAUCUCUGUGUGUGUGUACGUGCCUUCGGUUGCUUACAAGCUAACUCCAGCCGCCCAGAUGUCGCUAGCAGGGCUCCAUUUCCUCGCCUUAUCCGUCUCUUAAGUGCACCUCUGGGGCCUGACGGACGCCAUCCAGCCAAUUGAGCAAGGACAGGCAACACACAUCAAAAGUAGUUCCGUUCUGCGCCGUGCAGUCACUUGUCGGCCGACCGACUUACCCGGAAAACGCCAGUACCCGGGAGGAAGCCCUCUCUCUCGGCUCGUCCUGAAGCGGUCGGCGGCCGACCGACGAACAUGCACUCGUCGAAGUCAAUCAGCUUGCAGCCCUGCGGGGUCCACCUGAUGUUGUUGGGCUUGACAUCUCGGUGCACCAGCUGCGGCACACACACACACACUAACGGCUGCCGCUGUCCAUCCAGAGCACCCACGUUGGCUGUGUGCAGUCGGUCGAGUGCCUCGAGCAGUCCGAGUGCGAUCCACUGGCACUGGUGGUUAGGCACCGACCGCUUCUGGUCGAUAUACAGCUGCACAAGAGCGGACACGUCGCGGCCCGCAACGUCCUCCAUCACGAUGAAGAAGUACGACGAGUCAUACAACACCUGCACGACACACACACACACACACAGAUGGGCCGCCCACCCCUCCCACCCCUCCCACAUCCCACCCACCUCGAUGACCGUGGCCAGAGAGGGAGAGACGAUUUUGCAGAUGGCUCCAUACACCUGAGCAGUCUCAACGGCAUCCGCCACGGCCCUGAUUGAUGAAUGGAUGGUGGCACGUGACACAAGUUACUCGAACAGAUCGCAGGCGUACUCUUGUUUCAUCUUGCACAGCCGUUUGAUGACGAUAGGUCUCUUCGUGCGUUUCUGAGUGCCCCGCCACACAUUCCCAAAGCUGCACACACACACACACACACAUACACAAACGAACGUGUGCAGAAGUUGUCUAUGUGUGUGUGUCUGUUUCGUACCUGCCACCGGCCAUUGGCAUGGCUUGUACUUCGUAUCGGUUCCGCACACGUGGAUUGCUGCACGGGUUGCCCUCCACCAUUGGCACACUAGGGCCGACCUCAACGGUGAGCAAGGACGGCCGCACGUUGACGCCCUGCUCCUUGGACGCCACCUCCGUCUUGGUUUCCAUGGCGCAGAGAGAUGCGGACUGAUCGCCUACGGCCGUGCUGGUUCCCCCCUCCACCACAUGUGGGUGCACUUGCAUGCCAUUGGCCUUGCCGUGCGGGUGCGCCUGGACGCCGGCGUCCUGCAGGCUGUGGGGCUGGGGAGAAGGCGAGGACGGGGCGAGUGAGGGAGGGGGCGGGGAGGCAGUCGACCGGGCCAGCUGUCAAACCACACGUGCAUAUUUGUGGUUGGUGAUGUAAACAGUCCUUUGUGUGGGCUGGCUGGCUGUGGUGUCGGUACGUUGAUGUGACAUAAUUAAUGUACCUGCUCCUGCAGCUCGGCUAUCUUGGCCCUCAGCGCGGCGAUCUCGCUCUCGACCUCUUUGGUCUGCUUCUGUGGCCAAGAAGGGACAGGACGCACAGACACAGACAGACAGAAUAAGCGAGAUGAAUCAUAAGUCACAUGCUUCCCCCGCCUGCCUCUCUCUCUCUCUCUCUCAGCGUGUGUGUGUGUGCGUGUGUGUGCGUGUGUGUGCGUGUGUGUGCGUGUGUGUGCGUGUGUGUGUGUAUUCCAGAAUACUGACCCUGGCGGCGACGACGGCUUUGACGAGUUUGGCCUGCGCACACGCAUCGUACAGCCACCCACAAGCAGGCAGGUAGGCAGAUGAGCAGGUGUGCCGUUCGGGCCGUCGACGCCUCUUCUCUCGUCCGACAUAUGCACCGUAGAAGUAGCCCACCUGAUUGGACUUGGCGAUCUCCAUGUUGUUUCGUAACGCAUCGAUGCGCUCACUGUCGUACUUGCACCGCGCCUGCAACCACUCGCACUCGGCUGCACGCCAUAAAGCCCACACAGACGGACAGAUGUGUGUGUAUUUAUUUGUAUAUCAAUCGCAUGAACGACCACGUUCGUUCUCACCCUGCAAAUGCUCCCUCUCGCUAUAGAGCUGAAGAAGCUGGAUGGCAUCAUACUUGGCCAGAUCUGCAACACACACAAACGCAGCAUGCCCAGAACGUAUGGAUCAAGUGGAAGCAGCCUGCCCGCCCCGCCCGCCUCUCUCAUGUGUGCAGGUCGGUGCUCUCAAUGCAUCCCCACCUGCGGCAAACUGGAGCCGCUUCUCAAUUUCCUGACGAGCAAUCUCCUCCGUCUUGUCAAGGAACUCGCGGUCCCGCUCUUCCCGACUGAUGCUCUUGUCCAUGCCGGGGCGUGACGUUACCGAGAGAAAACGGAAGUCGCGCCCUCUCCUUCG